UUCCACUUUGGAGAAGCAGGAUGUUGAAUGUGAGUAGUGACACAACAGGCCUAUAAAAUGCGGACUCUAACCCUCCGAUGACUCAUCCGGUACAAUGCAGUAUAUUUGUCAAGGAGACUGAAUCAUAUAUGGGGGAAAGUACUUCUCCAGCAGCCAGCUGGUUCUCAGGUCAGAGAGAGGAUCCAUUUUUAUCGGAAGCUUUAUAGUAGCAACGAUGCUAAGAGCCAGCCCCUGGACUCCAGGAUGUAGAGGAAAUGGCAUCUCCGGGCAGUGACAGCUAUAUUGUGCGUGUCAAGGCUGUGGUUAUGACCAGAGAUGACUCCAGCGGGGGAUGGUUCCCACAGGAAGGAGGCGGGAUCAGUCGCGUUGGCGUGUGUAAGGUCAUGCACCCUGAAGGCAAUGGACGAAGCGGCUUUCUCAUCCAUGGUGAACGACAGAAAGACAAACUGGUGGUAUUGGAAUGCUAUGUCAGAAAGGACUUGGUCUACACCAAAGCCAAUCCGACGUUUCACCAUUGGAAGGUUGAUAAUAGGAAGUUUGGUCUUACUUUCCAAAGCCCUGCGGAUGCACGAGCCUUUGACAGGGGCGUGAGAAAAGCCAUUGAAGACCUUAUAGAAGGCUCAACAACCUCAUCUUCCACUAUCCAUAACGAAGCCGAACUUGGAGACGAUGACGUUUUUACAACAGCCACAGACAGUUCUUCUAAUUCCUCUCAGAAGAGGGAGCAGCAUACAAGGACAAUCUCCUCCCCCACUUCCUGUGAGCACCGGAGGAUUUAUACCCUUGACCCAUACCCCAUGGACCAUUACCACCCCGACCAGCGGAUGCCGAGAUCCUACCCCCAGGUCACUUUUCCGGAGGAUGAAGAAAUUGUGCGCAUCAAUCCGCGAGAGAAGAUCUGGAUGACGGGCUACGAGGAUUACCGGCACGCGCCAGUGCGCGGCAAAUAUCUGGACACAGAGGAUACAGACUCCUACGUGCGCUUCGCCAAGGGAGAGAUCCCGAAACAUGACUACAACUACCCAUAUAUGGAUUCCUCAGAUUUUGGCUUCGGCGAGGAUCCCAAAAGCCGUGGCGGUGUCAGUGUGAUCAAGACGCAGCCUCCCAGGGGCAAGUCCCGGCGGCGCAAGGAGGAAGGGGAGCGCUCUCGGUGUGUGUACUGCAGGGACAUAUUCAACCACGAAGAAAACCAUAGAGGACACUGCCAGGAUGCUCCCGAUGCUGUGAGAACUUGCAUCCGUCGGGUAAGCUGUAUGUGGUGUGCGGAUAGCAUGCUAUAUCACUGCAUGUCGGACCCGGAGGGCGACUACACGGAUCCGUGCUCGUGCGACACUAGCGACGAGAAGUUUUGCCUCCGGUGGAUGGCGCUUAUUGCCUUGUCUUUCUUGGCUCCUUGUAUGUGCUGUUAUCUGCCCCUCCGGGCCUGCCACCACUGCGGAGUGAUGUGCAGAUGCUGCGGUGGGAAGCACAAAGCCGCCGCGUAACUCGGUUUCCCUCCUUUCCCCUUCUCCAUCCACAGCCACAGAGAAUUUGUCUCUUGUAUACUCCCCGUCUUCCGCCCCCCCUCG